UCUAUCUUUCAGCAAUGAUCUGAUGUAUGUAUAAGGCUAACAAAUUUCAAGGUAGACCUCAUUUGGUAGACCUUCAGAGUACCUCAGGUUCAUUAUCUAGCUCCAUGAUAUUGCACAAUCUGUCCAAUAAAGAUUUAACUAUGAUGAAAAUAAUUAAAUCAGUCAAGACUUUGUUCAAAAGACAUCCACUUAUAGCAAACAGUGUGACCUUUGGAUCAAUGUGGGGAUUUUCAGAUUUCAGUCAACAAAUCAUCACAAAGAGAUUUUUAGAUUGUAAGCAACCUCUAGAACCUAUCAACAAAGGAACUAUAAUUAGAUGUACAAUCGUUGGAUCUUGUGUCACUUCAAAUAUUCUUUUCUUUUGGUAUAAAUGGAUGGAAAAAAGAUUUGUUGGAGGCUCUUUCAAAAUUUUAGUAAAAAAGAUUGUCUUAGAUCAAUUUGUUCUUACACCACCAUUACUUAGUGCUUUCUUCAUUAGUAUGAGCAUUCUAGAACAAAGAGAAGACAUAACCACUGAAUGGAAGGAAAAAAUAAUUCCUACAUUGCAGAAAGCAUGGUUGUUUUGGUUUCCUGCACAAAUGAUCAACUUUCUAUUUGUUCCUUCUGUUAUGAGAAUUACAUAUAUCAGCUGUUGUUCCUUUAUUUGGACUAACAUUCUUUGUUUUAUAAAAAGGAGCAAUCCCACUGAUAUUAAAUGCAUCACAGAUCAAAAAGAGGAAUCAGUUAUUACAUAAAAUUCUUUCUUGUCCUUGUGGAUUUAUGAAGAAUAAAAAAUAACCAAAGAAACUUUUUCUUUUCAACUAAAUCUUGCAAAGUUGGUUUGAGCUUACUCAGAUUAAAAAAAAAAAAAUUAUUGUAUUAUUUAUAAAUGAAUUAAUAACUGUUCACAAUAAAUUAUAUUUUGGAAAAUGUUAUAACUACUUUGUACAAGAAAAAUUGUAUUUGUUUAUAAAAAAUGUAUGCUUUAAUAAAAAAACUUUAAAUAAAAG